AUGGCCGAGGAAUCAAGGGAUGAGGAAGGAACAAUAGUCAGAACUGCUCCGACACCAAACCCUUCUGCCCAAGACGAUAAAUUGGAUAAGCUAUGCAACAUGUUUGAGAAAUUCAUGACGAACCAAGGAACAUCCAACCAAGGGACCCCCAACAUCCGAAAACCUGUGAAGACAUGCCAACUUUGCAUUGCAAAUUCACAUGCAACUGAUGAAUGCCCACAAUUGUUCGAAGAUGAAGAACUUAAUGCCAUUGGGCAACAGCCAGGAGGAAAUAAUGAGGGUCAGCAUAAAAAAUCCUUCGAACCUUACAGGCAGCAAUACAACAAUCAAGGGUGGAGACAACACGAAAACCUCAGGUACGGCAAUAAUAACUUUUUGGGACCGAACCAAGGGCAAACGAGCAAUCCACCACAAUAUUCGCAACAACCUCAACAGGCAAGAGGGUCCUCCUUGUCAGAACUUGUGCACCAAAUGGCGCAACAACCGGUGAAAUUCCAGCAAGAGACUGAAAAAUUCAUAAUGGAGACAAGAGGAGGGAUGCAGAAUGUGAAUGCCCAAUUGUCACAUCUUGCCCAAGCGGUAGCUCGACUUGAAAGCAAACAAGGGGAACUUCCUUCCCAAGUGGAGGUGAAGAAAGUAAAUGCUAUGACACUUAGGGGUGGCAAAGAAUUACCCGAGGUUGUUGCAAAGAAAAAUCAAGAGGAACCAGAGGUUAGUGAGGAAGUUGGAAUGGGAUCGGCAGAUGAGGAAGAACUUACUCAAGAAAGAGAAACCAAGAAGAACGCAACAGGGAAAUGCAAAGAGAAAUUGAGCCAGGUUGAGCCCAUAAUCCCCUUCCCAGGCAGAAUGGCCAAAGAACAGGAAAAAGAGGAACUAACCAAAUUGGUGAAAAUCUUCAAAAAGGUGGAAGUCAAUAUGCCCCUUUUGGUCGCACUACGCUCUAUGCCCAGAUGUGCGAAAUUUCUCAAGGAACUCUGCACUCGGAAAGUCAAAUAUACUGAUGAUGCCAAGUUUCAGGUGGGCGAGUCAGUAUCCGCAGUCUUACAAAGAGAUAUGCCCAUAAAGUGUGGGGAUCCAGGAAUGUUCUACAUCCCUUGUGUAAUAGGAACCAUGAAGGUGGAGAAGGUAAUGCUUGACCUAGGGGCAUCCAUCAACGUUAUGCCUUUAUCCAUGUAUCAGGAUCUGGAGAUAGGACCACUGAAGCCUACCCGAGUGGUGAUUCAACUGGCAGACAGGUCAAACGUAUACCCAGAGGGAAUACUGGAAGACGUUUUGGUCAAAGUGGGUGAACUCAUUUUUCCAGCGGACUUCUACAUCCUUGACAUGGGGAAGUCAAAAGCACGCGACCCAAUUAUGCUUUUGGGGAGACCAUUUCUAAAGACUGCCAGGACACGCAUCGAUUGUGAUACGGGCAAACUGACAUGUCAGUUCGAAGGAGAGACAGUGACAUUCGACAUAUAUAACGCCAUGAAGCAUCCAGCUGACACAGAGAUGGUAAAAAGUGUUGACAUAAUCGAUAGAGUUGUUGAGGAGGUUUUACCCAGAACAACAUCAGGGAACCUUUUGACGUGA